AUGCGAAGCAAGUUCAAGGACGAGCACCCCUUCGAGAAGCGCAAGGCCGAGGCCGAACGCAUCCGCCAGAAGUACUCUGACCGCAUUCCCGUUAUCUGCGAGAAGGUCGAGAAAUCCGACAUCGCUACCAUCGACAAGAAGAAGUACCUGGUUCCCGCAGAUCUCACCGUCGGCCAGUUUGUCUACGUCAUCCGCAAGCGCAUUAAGCUGUCGCCCGAGAAGGCCAUCUUCAUCUUCGUCGACGAGGUCCUGCCCCCGACCGCCGCGCUGAUGAGCAGCAUCUACGAGGAGCACAAGGACGAGGAUGGAUUCCUCUACAUCACCUACUCCGGCGAGAACACCUUUGGCGACGCUGCCUAA